CCAAUUGAACAUCUGACAGAGUUUUCAGGUCAUGGUUCUUGAAGCUUGACAAGAACGUACGGUAUCUCUCAGGGCAAAAUGCUAAGACUGACACCAUCCGAUCCCACACUUACUCCGCGUUAGUUAUCAUACGAGCACGGCUUUUCUCGGUGCACGGAUGAUAUUCGUUCCGUCUUGCGUUUAAAAGAGAUCAUAUGGGUGGUUUUUGGUCUCCUUCGAUCCAUUCAGAGGCACAAUGCCAAGUCUUACGGUUCCACAAACUCCAAGAUAUGUCCCUGCCCAGCCUACUAAGGAAAAACUCCAAUAUGCAGAUCUUGCCAUCAUCGACCUCUCCAAAGCAGCUACCGCAGAAGGCCGCGCAGAACUAGCGGUUGAACUACGAGAGGCCUUGACUACUCAUGGGUUUUGCUAUAUUAUCAACCACGGGUACACUCAAGCUCAGAAUGAGAGGAUGUUUGAUAUCGCAGAUAUUCCCAUGUCCGGCGUACCUGAAGAUGAAAAACGGGCGUACACAGGAGACAGCAAGAAGACAGGCAUAUUUCAAGGCUAUAAACCAAGACAAUACUGGCACAUCGAUGCAGGCGUGCGUGACCAACACGAGCACUAUAACUGCAACCGCCACGUCUACAGCCUGAUGCACCCACAAGCACUCAGACCGUUUCUUCCCGAUAUCGAUGCCUUUGUGCGCCAUAAUCACCACAACAUUCUUCAUAACAUUUGCAGGCUUAUGGCAUUGAGCCUUGAACUUCCAGAAGAUACGUUCGUUAAAUUGCACGACUUUGAUGCACCCGGAGUAUCAUAUCUGAGGUUUAUGAAAUAUUUCCCUAGGUCAGAAGACGAGGAAGUUCAGACGAAAAAUGUCUGGAUGAAAGGACACACAGACUUCGGAAGUAUCACCCUACUUUGGAGUCAGCCUGUUGCUGCCUUACAGAUCCAAACGAAGGAGGGCUGGCGCUGGGUCAAGCAUAUAGAGAACGCCUUGCUCAUGAAUAUUGGUGAUUCGAUGGAGUUCCUCACAGGAGGAUUCUACAAGGCAACCAUCCAUCGGGUUGUGCAACCCCCAAUUGAUCAACAUGGCUACACUCGGCUAAGUAUGAUCUAUUUCUCAUUCCUAAAUGACGAUGUCAAGUUGGUACCACUCAUGGACAGUCCAGUCCUUCAGAGGGUUGGGGUCAAGCGCAAGUGUGAAGAUGAUGUAGCUCCUACCAUGAAGGCCUGGAGAGUUGCCAGAAUUAGUGCAUAUGGUGCGAGCGAUCUGCAGAAGGGCACAGAGCCUGGUAUAGAGGAGGAGGUAUUGAAUGGCAUUGUUGUCAAACAUUACAACUAGGUACAUCCGGAAAUUAAAUCUGCCUUCACUGGGCCUCUACUUGCGCCUUAGGGGCCCACAUGGUGUUUCGAAGCUAGGAUUUUUCUGACUGUGCAUCAGUCAAGAUGUGCGUGAUGUGCCCUGAUAAUGAGGUGAUCAGUUCCUCCCAAAUUACUUACGGUCCGGAUGGUCAUAAGAUCACUAGGCUUAUAAGGCUAGAUCAAAUAUACAUCCUCCUUCGUUCUUGACCCUUUGUCCUUGAUCACAAUGCCCAGCCUCACCCUACCCUACGUACCACAUUAUGUUGCCGCACCUCCUAGCAAGGAAACUUGUCUGUGCUAAGUUAUCUGCUUAACGUCGAACACUGAAGUGUGAAUUGACAGUGGAGU